UUUAAACUCUUAAAAUUUCUCCACCGUCGACUUCUUCUACUCCGAUUUAAGUUCAAUUUCUUUCAUUUCACGCCCAAGUACCUCUAAAAUCUUUUUGUACACGAUGUAAAAGGUCUCUGUAUAAAAUCCAUACCUUCUUUUUUUUCAUAUUUAAAUCUUUAACUACAAAUUCUUGUUUUAUUCUGGUGAUGCCGCUGUUGGUGAGUUGUUACGUGACAGUUUUGGGAGAUGCCUUGUUGCUUACGUCUGCAACCUUGGAAGCUGCUUGAUCACAACAACUAAACUGAAAUGGGCACAAGAUCACUUGGGAUUUGUGGACACGGGAAAGUCCAAUUGAAGCUUGACUCGACGACACUCAUCAGUAAUACGAAGAACAACAAGGAUGAUAAUCACCGCCAUGGCUUGCUUACACAUCAAGUUAGACAUAUUCUUGACAAAGAUUGGAGAGUUAGUAUCUCCCAUGUUCAUAGGUAAAGAAAUUGAGGAUUGUUAUUCCUUGCCCUACUUUUUAUUAAUCGUCGCCCUAAAUUGAUGUAAAAAUUUUUAAAUACCCUUAAUAAAAAUAUUAUUAACAUAACAUAACCAUCAUAUUCUCAUAACAAGAACAUGAUAUUCUCAACAUAGAUAUCAUAUUCUCAUAACAAGAAUAUAAUAUUCAUUAAGGACAUUGAGGACUUUUUUUUACAUCAAUUUAGAACGAUGAUUAGUAAAAAAAAAUAGGGUGACCAAUAGCAAAACAUAAGAAAUUUUGCGGCUGAUUACUUAGUUAAUAAAGGCGAUAGUGCUAAUUUCGAUACACAUAUGUUCGAUACGGAGGAUCCAAAUCUAAAUAGAUGGAUCAUGUAUGAUGUAAUGGGCAUGGACCAAACCCGUUUCAUUUCGUUACAACUCUUUUGCGUCCGUCUUUCUUAAAAACAAAAAAACAAAAAAAACAAAAAUACAGAGAUCCCCAAUUCCUUCGUGCGUUCCUCCCUCCCUAGGGUUUCCUCUUGCCAAUCCUUUUUCCGGCGACCAUGAAUCCCGACCCACAAACCCCGCUGCUGCCUACGGAUGUAUCUGGCUCAUCCUCGAGCGAAACCGAGCUUGAAUCGAGUCCGAAGAGGCAGAAGAUCGAUGAAGAUGAUGGCGGCGACGUCAAGGGCAGUGGCGGCGAGGAGGAGGAAGAGUGGACUCAGACUAUGGAGAAGCCCUUAACCCGGUAUCCUAAAACCGAAGAAGACGAGAAGAAGAUGAAGCUCUUCUAUGAGCAGGUUUUCGCUAGCGAGGGAUUCGACUAUGUCCAACAGCCCCCGGUGGACGUCGUUGAAUACGGGGUUUUGCGGGUCAACAUGAAGAAUGCUGGGUGGCGCAAACUUGUCCAUGAGUGUCUGGAUCACGUUGUCGACCAAAUGAACAAAUUGCCCGAUGGGGGGUGGAAGUUGGUCGCUGGUGAUAUUGUGAAGGCCAAUAGGCGAGCUGUCCAGGGUUGUAUCUUCUUCAUCACAUUCAAAGCAACCAACUUUGCUGAUCCUAAAGAUGCUGCUGAGAAAGAAUAUGAAGCUCAAGUUUAUCGCAACUUUACUGGUGAGUGUAGCAUAGAACUGUUCCGUGUGAAAGGCCAGAAGGAAGCGAUUCUGGAAAGCACCGACCGGUGGAGGAUGUUCAUGUGUAAUGGUUGGCCCUGUGACAGUCCCUGUGGCUGCUGUAAGUGAAGCUGGAGUUGGCAGUUAAGUAGUUAAGGAGUCCUCUUUUAAGGCGAUUGUGAGUUUGAAGCCUGUGGUCCUGCUAGACUAGCUACUGUUGCAUUGGAAAGGUCGUCUAGCUAUGAGUUCGUGUGCUCCAAACUGCUAGUCAAUGUUGUUAUGAAUUGGAUUAACACCUUCAAUGCUAGUAUUUCCGCAUUGGCUCAUGAUUCUGAGUUAAGGGUGGGAUCACUGUUUAUGUCAUGCUAGGUCACCAUUUUAAUCAGGUUAGGGUCACCCAUCUGAGUACGCAGUUAAGUUAUGAUCUUGGUCACAUAGAUUCUUACCAUCAAUAUGUGACGCCUUUGAUCCACGGCACUACUUGUGCAUGAAAAUGAUAAAAAGAAACGAACAUUUGUCAAGAAAGGUAGCGAAUAUUGGACCCACCUAAUAAUGCAACCUUUUUAUAUGAUUCGAAGAAACCCCUCGGAUCGAUCAUGGUACAAAAGGAGAAGCAACAUUGGACCACUUGCAUUAUCUUUUUAUGAAUGCAUGAUAGGGAUAUCGGUAUUGCAACGUAUAUGGUUGUCACGUGACACAUUAUUUUCUAAUGCAUUCAUGCACAUCCUAGCCCAAAUAUUUGAGUUUGGUUAGACCCGUGAAAAGGUACGGUCUGAUCAAGAAUGGAUCAUUUAUACGGUUCAUAGUUCAUAUCGAGAAGUUGGAACAUAGAAUAGAGACUAAGCUAAAUACUGCACGAUUCAGACCACGGCGGUCCAAGUAAUUAAAUAACGAAAACACAACGUCACAACAUCCCAACUUUUAUCAUAAUGUCAUAUAUGGAGACACGAUUAUCUAUACUCUGUGACGGUGGCGGAGAGUGAUUGAUGAAUGAAGGAGGACACAAGAUCCGCAAAAGUAGGGUUGAGACUUGGAUCUCGUUGAGAAGAAAGAGAACACGAGAUUCUCCAACCAAACCAAGAAAUCAAUAUAUUAUAUAAAUCAGACCAUUCUUAACGGUGUACGAUCCGAUUUGAUCCAUAAUUUUUCAAACGGUUUAUUUUCCUAACCGAGUACUGACCAUGAAGACCGAAAUUAGUGGACAAUUGAAUGGCAAUGGAGAUAUUGUUGUCUGACCCCACAUCAUGAUCAUGUUCAUGUGUGAGUGUGACCCUUGGUAUGAGUAGGAAUGGCAAUGCGUAGUUCCGGGAAGGGUACUUUGAUACUUAUACCUGCUCCGUGGCAGGUUGAGUUCCGGUUAGGUGAUUUAUCAUGCUGAGAACAGAAUGUGCAUAGCUCUUGAGUCGAGCUGUGAGGAAAUCUUCUGAUCUUCCUUCCAAUCUUCUUCAUCUUUCAUGGGGACUGGUCCCUUUCUAACGACAACCCAUAAUUCUCCAUCAACCCCACGAAGGUAAAUUCGCAUCCUCUUCUUCCAGACUGUGUAGUCUGUUCCAUCGAACCAUGGUGGGUUUGUAUUUGUCGAAUAGGCUACUGCACUUGAGGAUGAUCCAGAAAUCUUAUGAUCUUCUCUUUGGCGACGGUUAGUCCUUCAAAGAGCCCGCUCUGAUACCAAUUGAUAAGUCUGAAUGAAUAUGAAAGGAAAUAAAUUUUAUUUAAAUUGAAAUAGAGUUACAAUUGAUCUAAUCAAACCCUAGCCAAGCCAAGAGACUUGACACUUUUGAAUACAAAAGAAAAACACUCAAUCCCAACUUCCCAAGACAAGAUCACCCAGUUCUCAACUCCUGUGACCUAUCUACUGAAGAUGGUACCCAAAAUAGCCCAUGAUAGAUAAAGAUAAGGCAGAAUCCCAGUCUCUCUUUACUACCAACCGCUGCAUUCAAAUGGAGAACUCACUCGUUAUUUAUAGGAAGAAAAGGAAAGAGUCGUUUCCUAGAAAGCGCUCCAGGUAGCGAUUAUGAUUGCUUGCUAAGUAGAGGCGGUGGAGCUCUUGAAGAGUGGUUCUUCGAUCUAUUGAGAGAAGAACAUAAAGCUACAGAUUGACA